AUGGAUGUGCCUGACGAGAAACUCAACACAAUUGAGCAUAGGAGGUAUAACUUUGGACAUGACGAAUUUCAUAACUCGGCUCAGAAGUUGAGAGAAUGGAAAUGGACUCGUACCAGUAAAGCAGCGCGUUCAGCGUCGGUAACGCUCUCCCCAAUCCUCAUUCAACCUUCGCAUUCAGACCAGUCGCCGUUUACUACAGCAUCAAUACAGUUUAGAACUUCGAAGACCCUACUCCAAAGUUUCCUACCUCUAGGAGUACCGUCUUUCUCGAUCGAGGCUCCAGGGACCGUAGUGACUUGCACUCUUGCACAUACGACGUUCGACGCUAACGAGAUUAUUCGUGGAACAAAUAUUCCCUUAGUCCUCAAUGACCAGAUGGACUGGAUCAUCCGGGAUCGAGAGACUUACGGAAUACCUGCAGUGUUUAACACGUUAACCGCCCAACACGACUCGAAACGCUUUUGUGCUACGGCUUCUUCGAAUGGGCAAGUAUUGGUGAACAUGGUUCUCGGUGACCUAGAGGCAGUCCCCGAUAAUGAUCUCAACACAUUUGGGACGCCAAAAUUACCUGGAAUCUAUGCCAACAAAGGCUUUUUGACAUGGACGUACUUGCCCGCAUUCGGCGCCGAUGCUGCUGGCGCUUUCGCCCUUUGGGUUCCAUGCAAGACAGAUGAUGCAGCUGUUCGGGUUACCCAGGCGUGGAGGUCUGAAAAGACCUCCCUCAAGUUUGAGUCUAGUAUUGCGAUUAACUCGCCGACCCUGCGCGAGAUCGCAAGCCGGCUGGACAAGCAUGCGCAAACUGCCAUUCGAGAAAGAUACGUUGCGACAUCGCAUUAUCCUUCGACCAUCAAGGAUCGUGCUCCAGUUGUCGCCACCUUGGAACUGAAUGCAGGUGGGUUCCUGAGCCACAAAUUCAGUGCAUCAAUUGAUAGCCGAGACAGGCCACAUGUUCGCAAACGCAAAAGGGGUAUUGCCCCUUCUACUACUCUGACAACUCAGGUCUACGGUGGUCAUACCAAUCGAGAGACAUCUGCAGUGGAAGAUAGCGGCGGGUCAUCAGUCGAGCCGAGUUAUCUUGGGAGGUCGAAUUACCUCGACACUCAUGUCAUCAUUGACGAGCAAGAUGCGUCUCAAUAUCGGCAAACCAACAACAAAACCCCAACACCAUCGCCUCAUUUGACAGUUCAAAACUUUACAGUAGACGGCAUGGUAUCUUCAUCAAUCAGGGAAAGCCUAAUCGUCAGUUUCAUCAAGAAAUGCGGGCCGUGGAUGCCAUUAGUGGACGUAGAUCGAAUUCACGCCAUCUUCAACGACUCCGGUACUGCAAACCAACCAUCAAUGUUGAUGCUAUCAAUUCUUGUCGCGGGAUCGAAAGUCUCAACCGCACCAAGAGCCGCAGAGUUUGGCAAGCAGUGCUAUCAACGUGCAAAGGCCAGGUUCUACUCUGGAGACGAGCACAACACGGUUGAUGUGAUCAUUGCUACGGUAUUCCUGCAGUGGUGGAACCAGUCUGGACCGGAACAUAUCUCGAUCGACAACAGCAGCUUUUGGCUCCGAAUAGGGGUUGCCCUUGCCCACCAAAUAGGCUUGCACAAGGAGCCCAAUGAACGCCAUCAGCAUGCACAACUUUGGAGGAAGCUUUGGUGGACGCUCGUGUCCAGAGACAGUCAAAUCGCCACGAGUCACGGCCGGCCGCGCGCCAUAAAUCCACAGGAUUCCAAUAUGCGAGUGCUCAACAUUCGAGAUUUCGCUGUACUCGACGAGGAUGCUCUUCUCUUCAUGAACUUCAUUUCUAUUACGCGAAUCUUGGGCGACCUGACACAAUCCUGCCUCCGUGGACACCUGACUGAAAACCAGCGCCUCGAAUUCGAGACAUCCCUGUCUUCGUGGAUUGGUGCUCUUCCAGAGAUAUUCCACCUGCACGACCGCACCACGAAUCUCUUGAAACCCUACUCAUUCCGCAGCCGACAGCUGCAUGUGCCCUAUUUUGUGGCGCUGAUCAUCUUGUUCCGACAAGAAGCACCAGACAAAUGCCCCUCGGGAGUAUCAGUGCUGGCCGCGAGUUUCAUCUCCGGCAUCUUUGAGGAAUACCUCGACUGGGCGGACAUCUGGUUCGUGUCGCCGGCCUCGAUAUUCUACCUGCUCGUAGCCUCGCUGCUGCAGAUUUCCGCGCACCGAUUCCCGGCGCUGGCUGCGAACGCAGGAAAGGAAACGCGAAUCACGGACCAAGCGAUCCUGGAGCUGAAGAAGCGGUUUCCCACUGCAUUCGGCGCCGAGAGAGUCCUCCACUCCAUCCGCAAUGUAUCGACCACCUCCUCUCACCCGGAACAGAUUGACCUGAGUCCACACCAGCAGGAUCUCUUCAGUCCGUUUGGCCCGGCUCUUUGCUCGCACUGGUACAUUGUCUUCGAGGCGGCUCAGAGCGACAUCCACAGAGCAAGGAGGGAACAGGAUCGGACCGACGUGCUGUCUGGCGACGCAACGCCUAGCUAUCGUCAGGCUGACUAUGCCGCCUGGCCACAGCGCUCAAGUGAGUCUGUUCGCGGAUUGCCGGGGAAUGUGACCGUCACCGCCAACCACACUAGCCAUGAAGUGAGCGCAUACGACAGUACGGCAGGAUAUGACUCGUUGUUAGUUGAUGAUCCGAUGGGUCAAUGGUGGUGGUCGGAUCUUCUGCCACUGCCCGAGGUGUGA